AUGUCGACGGCGGCGGAAUCAACAAGGGCAGAAACAGUAGGUCAUGAGUCGCGUAGAGAUACCACCACCACCAGCAACGGCGUUAACAACCAAGACAACUACGAGAUAUUCGUUUCUCUCCUCCCAGCCGGCGGGCGUCCCAAACCUCUCUCCAGUGACUCCACCUCCUCCCAAAUACAGUUCAACACCCAGGUUGAUCGCAUCUACACCACGACGUCAGCGAAAUCGUCCUCCUCGUCGACAUUGCCCAGGCAGAUAGUGGUGGAAUCUCGCCGGUCCAAGUUCGGAAUCCCUGCCGACGACUCGUUUGGUACCGAGUCUCUGUCCAAGAAGAUGGUUUCGAGGUUGAACAUCCCCUUCCCGUUGGAGAACAACAUCUACUGGAGAUCAUUACCGUCCUCAUGGAUCAAAGUGGAGGGCAGCGCAGAGUUGAACUCCCGCAUCGUUAAAACCGUGGGUCGCAUCAUGGCCGGAAUGAAACGUGGUCAUGAAGGGAAGAAUGUAGAGGUGAAGCUGGUGUUGAAUAUUGCAAAGAAGAUCAGAGUUGGAGAGGCAGAGUACCAACAGAUAUGCAGGGCCCAACAAGAGGGCCAUGCCAUGGAUGACCUGGAGAAGUUUCUAAUCAAAUGCCAGGAUCAUCACGCUGCUUCUACGACUUCACGAGGAGGAGGAGGAUUUGAGAGAAUGUCAGUGGAUGAACUCAAGAGCGUGGCCGAGGAGCACGUGAUGAGAGUUAACAGUGGCGCGCUGAUUUCUGCGUCGGAUCGAGGCUCGAUCAUCGAUGCAGUGGCUCGGAGAGCUUCCAGCGAGUGGGGUCGAGCACUGGUUUCCAAGCUCAGCAACGCUCUGGUGAAAGUGGAGACGUCGCCAACUCCAAGUAGUGGUGGGGAGUGCAGCAUCUGCUUAGCUCCCAAAGCGAGUUCAGUGGUGCGGUUGCCUUGUUGUGUGCACACUUUCCACAGGGACUGCCUUCUUCAAUGGCUGAUUCACCACACACCCAACUGCCCUCUGUGCCGCUCCUCUCCUUUGCCAUCUUUCUACCGCCCUUAA